CUGUCUCUUUACACGGCAGUCAGUUGCAACUGCGUUUACUUACAAUUAGUAUCGCAAUAAUUAUCAGCGAAAAUGGAUCGUUGGAUAGGAAAAUAUGCAAUCGUCACUGGAGUUAGCUCUGGAAUUGGCGAAUCUAUCGCCAGAGAAUUAGUUACCGCGGGGGUGAAUGUCCUUGGACUAGCACGUCGCGAAAAUAGGCUUCAAGAUUUGGCGGAAAAUUUGAAAAAUUCAAAAGCAACAUUCCAUUAUUUGAAAUGCGACUUGCGUAAGGAACAAGACAUUCUAGAUGCCUUUGCAUUCGCAGAAAAAAAUUUUGGACGCGUUGAUAUAUUGAUAAAUAAUGCGGGUCUCGUCUUUGAAAGCACACUUGAAGAUGCAAAAACGGAUAAUUGUCGUGCACUUUUGGACGUAAAUCUUCUCGCGCCCGCUCUUUGCAUCAGAGAAGCUCUAAAAUUAAUGCGCAAAUACAAAACUGAGGGACAUAUUGUCAAUAUCAACAGUAUACUUGGUCUCAAUGCAACAGUAAUUGCUGUACCGAUGAAUUUGUAUCCUGCAAGUAAAUUUGCUCUACGCGCAAUGACGGAGACAUUGAAACUAGAAAUAAGAACAAAUAAUGACAAAAUACGUGUUACCGGAAUUCAUCCGGGUGUAGUUGAUACAGAAAUAUGUGAUACAACAGAAUCACUUCAUAAACUAUUCAAUGUAUUAGCGGCUUUGGACAGCAAGGACGUAGCCGACUGUGUUAUAUUUGCGCUAUCAGUUCCGCCUCAUGUUCAAGUAUGUACGCCAAUUAUGUUGCAAUCGCUUAAUUACAGUCUCUUUAACAGCAUCCACACUUACAUUACAUUAGCUUUUUACAUAAAUACCGGCAUGGAUCGUUGGGUAGGAAAGUUCGCCAUCGUAACGGGAGUCAGCUCCGGAAUUGGCGAAGUCCUCGCUAAGGAACUGGUUACUCUGGGUGUUAAUGUUCUCGGACUUGCGCGUCGUGAAAAUCGGCUCCAGGAGUUAUCAAACAGUUUGAAAAAUUCAAAAGGCGCGUUUCAUUAUUUGAAGUGCGACUUGCGUAACGAACAAGAUAUUCUAAAUGCCUUUGCGUUCGCAGAGAAGAAUUUCGGGCGUGUUGAUAUUUUAGUUAAUAACGCGGCUAUUCUCACUUAUGACACGUUUGAAAAUGCAAAAACAGAAGAUUAUCGUGCACUUUUGGAUAUAAAUGUACUCGCGCCUGCUCUUUGUAUCAGAGAGGCGUUAAAAUCAAUGCGCAAACAUAAAAACGAGGGACAUAUUAUCAAUAUCAACAGUAUUGCGGGCCAUAAUGCAGCAAUAUCACCAAUACCAGUAAAUUUAUAUCCUGCAAGUAAAUUUGCUCUACGCGCAAUGACGGAGACAUUGAAACUAGAAAUAAAAACAAAUAAUGACAAAAUACGAAUUACCGGAAUUCAUCCAGGAAUAGUUAAAACAGAAAUAAUAAAUGUAAUUGACGGAAUCAAUGAAAUACUAAAUGUAAUGCCUUAUUUAGAAAGUAAAGACAUUGUCGAUUGUGUUAUCUUCGCGCUUUCAGCGCCACCUCAUGUGCAAAUUGACGAGCUCACUGUCACUGCGUACACAAACAAAUAAAAUUGGCGGAUUUUAUGUGAAUAUAUAUAUACUCAUUUAUACCAUGCGAUUAAAUAAUUAAUAUUACAUGGAUUCUAUUUGUAAUUUUAUGUUUUGAUAAGGAUUAAAAAUUUUAUUUGAA